AGUCAUCUAAAAUAAGUACAUUAGAUAGCUGGUGGCGAUCUAAUCGUCUUCAACUCAAACAUGAGAGUUCUUUAUAAGAAGGUGCGUUGUUAAAAAUUACGUCUAUAAUUCAAGUAGUUAAGAACAUUUGCUCUGCGGUUGAAGGUUGAUUCCACUAUUCUAUCAAAAUAAUAGUCAUAGCUCAUUGGUCCCUCCCAACACCAACAAGAAGGCGGCUUCAUUAAAUAUCCAAAUCCAAAAGCCAGGUUCUAGUCAACAUAGUCGACCCAAUUCACAAUCUAAUCCCAAUCUCACAAUUCACAAACAAAAUUCCCAAAAUCCAACACACAGACAUCCAAAACAAUCUAGUCCAGUCCAAUCCAAUUCAAUCCCAAAAUGAUGUCGCAGAUGGUUAAAGACUUGUUUCUCCAAGCAGGCCUCAUCCUCGUCGUCGUCGUCGCCUUCCUUGCCAUCCACAACAUCCCCCAGAAGCUCCUCGCCAAUCUCCGCUUCCGCUUCCGCAACAAACCCAAAGCGCAAGCCAAGCGCCACUUCGUCGUCGGCGCCCAGCUCCUCGCCCAAGCCCGAUCCGCCGCCUCUCCCUCCUCCGCUUCCUCCCUCUCCCAGCAAGCCCUCGACGAAGCCGAAAAGGCCAUCUCCCUCGACCCCAAGGACGCCGCCGCCCACAUCCUCAAAGCCCUAGCCCUCGACUCUCAGGGCUACAAGACCUCCGCCCUCGACGCCAUCGACGUCGCUCUCUCCCCUUUCGCCGCCAAGAGCCUCACUGAGGAGGAGCGCGGCGAUGCGCUCGUCAAGAGGGCGGAGAUCAGGCUGUCGAUGAACCGACGCGGCCAGGUUGACUUGGUGAUCGCCGAUUUGACUCGGGCUGUGGAGCUGAGCCCGGAGAAUGUGAAGGCGUUUUGUACGCUCGGAGAGUGCUACGAGGGGAAGAAGAUGACAGAAGAGGCCAGGAAGGCCUACGAGGCGGCGCUGAAGGUCCAGCCCAGAUUGAAAGUCGCGAGGGAUGCUCUCGACCGGCUCGGUUCGAGUUAGACGAGUUGACUCGGCUCAACUCGACUGGACUCGACUCGGUUUUAUUUAUAUUUUGUUUUAAAUUUGUGUUUAUUUUUCAAUUAGAAUGAUCAGAAGGCUUUUGUUACUAACAGUGUGGUGCAAAUGCAACGGUAUUAAUUAUGAGUGGUUUUCUUUGUC